UGACAAAAAAAAAUGGUCAUAACUUCUUCAAUUUUCAAGGUCCAUACUAGCCACUGGCCAGGGCUUAGGAAAAAUUAGAAGAAAAAAGUAAAAUAAUUUUCCCUCCUUUGCAUUUUUCACUUAUCUCUCCGAUCAUCACUUUUGCCCAGACUCCAUUCAAAUUUAGGGUUCUUAUCGUUUCCUUGAACUAAAUUGUGCUUCUGCUCGUCGUGCACUUGGAGCUUCUGGGUAUGUUGACGGAUUCUGGGUUUUCCCACUUAUGCUAAGGAUGUGUGCAUUGUUCAUAAGUCUCACAAUUCUUGUCCCUGAAAUGAGGUUUGCAAUGGAUUGUAACAAAGAAGAGGCUGCUAGGGCGAAAAAACUAGCAGAGGAAAAGAUGAUUGCUGGUGAUUUUGCUGCAGCUCAUAAGUUUCUUCUCACGGCUCAGAGACUCUUCCCUGAACUCGGAAACAUACUGCAGAUGAUAGCAGUAUGUGAUGUGCAUUCCUCUGCAGAGAAGAAAAUCAAAGGGCUUGACAACUGGUAUGCCAUUCUCCAGGUUCAGUUUUUGGCUGAUGCAGACACUAUCAGAAAGCAAUACAGAAAGCUGGCAUUGCUUCUCCAUCCAGACAAGAACAAGUUUGCUGGUGCAGAGUCUGCUUUCAAGUUGGUUGGGGAAGCAAACAGAUGUCUCUCUGAUAAGAUAAAACGGUUUCAGUAUGAUGUGAGGUAUAGAUCCCAUAUGAUGCUUGCUAAUCAGUCGAGUGCAAACUCUGGUCGACCGUGUUCAGCUGCAAACAAUGCUACAGAGAAUUUAGCAAGUGGAUACUCUUUCUGGACCUGUUGCAAAAACUGUGGCCAGAGGUAUAAAUACUUGAAGGAAUAUAUGAACAAAUUUAUGCACUGUUCCAAUUGCAAGUGCUCUUACAUCGCCUGCGACAUCGGGAGUGGGGGGGUUAUUUCUCGGGAGAAUGCUUCUACAGGAGCAGCUGAGAUGGAGACUAAUGGGACAGUCGGAGGGAAACUCAACAAGAAGAAUCAACAAAAUCAGAAAACAGGUGGUGGUGACAGGAAACCCAAGAAAGAUGAGGCUUGUAAGGAAAAUGACGCUGCAGGAGAAAAACCCCAGAAAGGUGAAGAAGUAACGGAUAAUUCUGCUGAAAUACCUAAACCUGAUGUAUUGAAGCCGCAGCCUAAAGUGGACGAAGCAGAGACUAAUACAGCAAAGUCAACGUCUGAUUUAUCAGCUCCAAAGAAGAAUCAGGCAGCCAAAAAGAGGAGAAAAUCUGUUGAGGAAUCUUCUAAUAGAUUUGAGUUUGAUGGCUCUGAUGUUGCUGGAGCUAAAAAGGAUACGAAUGAAUCUAAUAAGAGAACUUGUGAAUUUGAGUCUGGUUUUAACACAAAGCAAACGGCUGAGGAUACUAAAUCACCUGGACUUGCUGAUUCUGGUGUUUCUCCUGCUUCUUCACAUGCCAAGAAAAGAAAAGCCAGAAAAGUGAAUUCUAGAAGUGAAGACAUAUUGUCAGCCAACAACAAAGUGAGUGAAGGCUGUGAUGGUAAUGGAGCAGAUGCAGCUUUGAGCAAGAGUGAUGAAGUUGAAAAUGGAUACAAAGCUAAUGUAUUUGAUGAAGCUCGGAAACUAGAAUGUUUUGCUGUCAAUCAAGUGUGGUCUACCUGUGAUUCUAGAGAUGGUAUGCCGCGGAGAUAUGCUCGGGUAAAGAAAGUGCUGGCUUCCGAGUGCAAGCUGCGGAUUACAUACCUUGAGCCUGUUCGGGAAAAUCAUGAUGAGAGUAUCCCAGUUGCUUGUGGAAAGUUCAAAAAUGGAGAAACAAAGGAAGUUAAGGACCGUUCAAUCUUUUCAGGUCAGAUGUCUCACUCGUUUUGCAACAAGAUUGCUACCAUACAUCCAAAGAAAGGAGAAAUCUGGGCUAUUUUCAGAGAUUGGAAUGAGGAAUGGACUACUAGUGUAGAAAAGCACAAAUUACCAUAUCAGUACGACUUUGUGGAAAUUGUGAAUAAUUUUAAGCAUGAUCAUGGUAUUGGAGUGGCCUAUUUGGGGAAAAUUAAAGGGUUUGUUUACCUAUUUCAUCAAGAGGCGCGGAAUGGAGUUUGUCAGAUUCAGUUUCCUCCAGAAGAGCUGCUCAGAUUUUCUCACAAAGUUCCAGCAGUCAGAAUGACCGGAAAGGAGAAAGAAUGUGUUCCAGGGGACUCGUAUGAACUGGAUCCUACUGCAUUGCCAAAUGAUACGAUUCAGGUUGAUGUGGUUAAUAGGGAGACCAUGUCUGUUCCAGAGAUCGCUACAUCUCCAAGGAAACGUCGAAAAUCUGGUGAUUAUUACAGUGGUGGGUGCAGUAACCUUGGGGAAGUCAAAGGCAGAAGCAGAAGAAGACAUGAUUUUUCUUAUUGUCAAGUUGAUGAGAAGAGCACACCAAACGAGUCCAGAAAGAAUGGUGAGGCCGCAGAUGUUUUCAAACUGCGAAAAUCUCCUCGUCUUCAGCCAGCUCCGAGCCAACAAAGAGAUGAGAAGAAAAGUGAUAUCCCAAAGGAAACUGAUAGAGGUUCUUUGGUAAUCAGAAAACCUCCCAAUGGCAUUCACCAACCAGCAGAGAAUCAGGAAGAAGAAAGCUCCAAGAAACAAGGUCGCAACUGCGAAUUACAGUCUCUCUACAAGCAGAAUGAUUUGCCAACUCAGCUGGAUGGUUCUACUAAUGAGACAACUCUUGUGUCAUCAAGCUGCAAAACACCUCGAAGGAAUGCCUCUGAGUUCGAGAACCAGAGAGGUGAAGACAAAUUCCGAGUUAAUCAGGUUUGGGCUAUUUACAGCAAUGGAAUGCCUAGAGAGUAUGUGAAGAUCAAGAAAAUCGACACCAAGGCUGGAUUCAGGUUACACGUAACCCGUAUGGAACUGAAUCCGCCAUCUGCAGAACCCGUGACUCGCCCAGUGUCCUGUGGGGAGUUCAAGUUGAAAACGGAGAAGCCAAAAAUCAUUGCCCGCACCAGCUUCUCGCAUAAGGUCAACCCUGUUGACGCUAAGAGAAACAUAGUCAAAGUGUACCCAAGGAAAGGUGAGAUAUGGGCUUUGUAUAAGAACUGCGAUAGCACCAACGAAGAGCAUGACAUUGACAUUGUAGAAGUGGUGGAGGAUUACUGUGAUGGCAGGGAAAUAGCAAAGGCGGUGGCUUUGACUGCUAAGGAGUCUAGUUCACAACACGUAAGGUCAGUUUCGGGUUUUAUGGCCAUCCCCAAGUCAGAAAUGAGUAAUCGGUUUUCUCAUCAGAUUCCGGCAAUCAGACAUCAGAAGAGGAGAACAAGGCUAAGUGUAGGAGAAGAACACUGGGAGCUUGACCAGACAGCGAUUCCAGGUCGCACCAUAGUCUCUUAG